AUGAGCGAAGGAAGCCCCGGGGAUGUUCCCACGAAUGCCCCCGCGAGUGCGCCUGGGCUCCGCAAAGAUGUGAUCGACCAGGGUCUCCUUACGAUUCACGCAGCUGAUACGCUCCUGAAAGAGUACCGGGCUACUCUCGCGCCCUACUGUCCUUUCGUCAUGAUGCCACCCCAGAUGACCGCUGAAAAACUGCGUCGCGAAAAGCCGUUUCUAUUUCUCGCCAUUCUGACCGCUGCCUUGUGCGACAAUAUGCCUCUGCAGCGCAAACUAGAGACAGAAGUGAAGAAGGCAAUGUCAGAGUGCUUGAUUUUCGAUGGCCAAGUAUCGUUUGAGGUUCUACAGGGCAUUCUGGUUCAUCUUGCGUGGUCCCAGUAUCACUCAAGACCACGUCGGUUUUCCCAGUAUUUGCAUCUUGCUAUCAGUAUUAUUAUUGACCUGCAACUUGACCGUGCCCCCGAGUAUCGAUUUUGGAAGCACAUAGUCAGCUUUGAUGGUGAGAAUGAUAAGAAUUCGGUAUCAUGGGGACGAGAGGAGCAACGCGCUGUCAUCGGCUGUUUUUAUUUUUCAUCCACGAUCUCGCAAAUACUACAAAAGCGAUGCUCCUUCCCAUACUCACCUUAUAUCGAAAGCUUGGGCAUGCUUUUAGCAACGGAGCCCGAAUACUCGUCUGACCGAUAUCUUGUUCAUAUUGUACAACUUCAAAAGAUCUCCGAAAGAAUUGUGCUAUUCUCGACUCCGGUUGUUCCAGAGAUCCACGAUCCGAACUUAGGCAUUGAGCAUUACUAUCAAGAGUUGAAGACGGAGCUUGCGCUAUACCGAGCCAACCUGCCCUUCCCGCUGACUGAGAAUCAUGUUCUUUUCAUGCAAUUUUAUGCUGUCGAGUUGUACCUAUGUCAGAUCACCCUCUUCGACCACAGGCCAGCUCCACAGGAGCAACGCCAUGGCUCCGGGUUUCAGAUUGAGGCAUUGCGUAUGGGUCUUACAGCGGCCAAAACUUUGCUCGAUUUCUAUAUUUGUCUUCCAUUACGCUGCGACUUGGCAUUCAAUAAUGCGACAUGGGUCCAACUUGGCUUUGCAGUCACAUUCGCAUGCAAGCUGGUAAUCACGGCAAUGGAGCGAUCAGUACAUCCGCAUACGGCUGACUUGUGUUGUGCGCUGGAUAUUUCAAACCUAUUGAGUCGGUGCAUUCUCCGCAUCCAGACACUGAUCACUUCCGACAUGGAUGCAUCUGGAGACAGGGAUGUCUUCUACCAUUUUGAAAAACGCCUCAAACGUAUACAGUGGUGGUUUGAGAACAGAGCUCUGUCUAGACGCAAAAAUGAGCCUUCUCAGCUGGGGACUCAAUUAGCUGAGGGAAUGACUCCAUCUUCGGGUGGCGCGAACCUCUAUCUUGACGCUUCACAGCCACCACUGGACGGGUUCGACGCUCAAUUCCAAUGGCCAGGGCUCUUUCCAGAUGCAUCCAUUGACGAUAUUUUUGUCGAUUGGGUGUCACAGACGACUGCAUCACUUGAGCAGCAGCGGUUAGGGUAG